AUGGCACCAAGACAGGAACAUCACUACAUCCAUGCUUUUGAAAAUCAGCAGGGUCUUAUCUAUCAACAACCUUCCCCUACUUCUGACCAUGCUUUCCCUAUAUUAGCUAUUGCUGUAUUGAGCAUCAUGGGCACAGCUUUCUUGCUACUUGGCUACUACGUCUUUGUGAAUAAAUGUUGCUCCAACCGGAACCAAUUUAAUCUGCUAAGGUGGCUCACUGUUUGGAGAGCUCGACGUAAUGAAGAUUCCUUUAUAGCCCUCUCUCCAACCAUGUGGAAUCGUGGACUGGACGAUUCAGUAAUUCGCGAAAUACCAACAUUUCAGUACAGAAGAGAAGAAGGUGAGGAGAGAUGCAUCUAUGGCUGUGUGGUCUGUCUGAAUGAGUUUCAAGAACAAGAUAUGCUUAGAGUUCUUCCAAACUGUAGUCAUGCAUUUCACUUGGAUUGCAUCGACAUCUGGUUUCAAAGCAAUGCCAAUUGUCCCCUUUGUAGGACAAGCAUUUCAGGCUCGACUACUAAAUUUCCAGCUGACCAUAUCAUUGCUCCUAGUUCGUCGCCUCAAGGCUCGCAGCCAUACACCCAUAGUCUUAUAGGAAGUGAUGAAGAUUAUGUUGUAAUCGAAUUGGGUGGAGAAGAUGAUGGUGCUUUGCUACCUCCUAGGCAACAAGAAAGAGACACUUCAAGAGAAGUUCAGAUGAGACUCAGAAGUCGAUCACCGACAAAGAUGGAGCAGAAGCUUGGAAAGUUAAAACCAAGAAAGCAACAUCAUGUUUCGAUUAUGGGCGAUGAGUGCAUUGAUGUAAGAGGGAAAGGUGAUCAGUUCUCUAUCCAGCCAUUGAGGAGAUCUUUCUCAUUGGAUUCUGCAGUGGAUCGACAGCUUUACUCAAGUGUUCAAGCAAUCGUUCAACAAAAUAUGCAUCAUAGGGAGAUUAGCAAUACUGAGGAAAGUAGUAACAGAGUACGUAGGUCAGUUUUUCCAUUUGUUCACGGCCAACGAUCCAGAAAAGCACUUCUUCCUGUUGAAUUUGAGACAUAA